GGGGACCAAUCGAGCGUUUCUAUCCCGAGUCCCUACCGUUGGACUGUGCUAGCGGCUGGUGUGGGAUGGUGUGGACUUCAGUUGCACAGUACAGUGGGGGUACUGACGCACGGGUAUAGAGAUAAGCUUAUUUAUUUACAGCGCGACUGCACGGAUAAAUACACACUCUUUAACGGAAUCUUUUUUUCUUCACGUGUAAUAUUAAUUCUAUUUUAAGAUUGAAAGUUAUUUAAAGAGAGUGAAGGAUAACUAUUGCGAAAGUUUACUUAGAAUACAGACUUAAGAUAGGAUUCGGCAAAACGUCUUCGGUGUUACUGCGUUACUACAGUUUUCUAAAUGUUUUUAUUUUUGACUAACCUGCUUACGGUAGGAUAAGCCGUUUUUAAAUUAGUUGCUUUACAAUUUAGAGUGACUGGGCGUUAAAGCAGAAUUUUCAGAAGUUGGGUGACAUGGUUCCUGCCCCCCGUCCGCCAUCGCUCACUCUUUCGGGGCAAUACGAGCAAUGCAGUGGGACUGGACACUGUUUCAAACCGCCAGUUGAUAAAGUGGAUAUUUUCCAGGCUGCUAAACUGGGGCAGCUUGAGGAGUGUAGACGUGUUGUCUCGGCAGAGGGUGCGGGGGUGUUACACAGGGUCGACGGCUCCGGUCACACCCCAGCGCACUGGGCUUCCCUGGCUGGUGCCGUGGACAUCGUCCAGUUUGUCCUGGAGACGGGAGGCCCAGUGGACCUUCCCGGCGUGGGGGAGCAGGCUCAGAGGCCGGUGCACUGGGCUGCCUUGAACGGGCACAUCGCGGUGGUGGACCUGCUGCUGGGGGCCGGGGUCUCCAUGGACACGGCUGACCACAGGGGCUACACCCCCCUGAUCCUGGCCGCUCAGUACGGACACACCGCACUCUGCUGCUACCUGAUCGGGAAAGGGGCCCAGCUCCACCUCUGUGAUGCUGAAGGGGACAACGCCUUGCACUGGGCCGCUUUCAAAGGACAUUGUGAGUUGACCCGAUUGUUGAUUUAUUCUGGAUUCAACCCGAAGCAACCGGAUAAGUUUGGUCAAACCCCCCUGCACCUGGCCGUCCUCAGCGGAGACUUGCUGACCGUACAGCUGCUUUGCGAGCAGGAUGGAGUAGAUUUGGAAACGGAGGAUAUAAAUGGGAACACCCCUCUGAAAUUGGCCCGGGGUCACAAACACUGGGAAAUAUCCACGUACCUGGAAAAUGCAAUAUCCCGUUCAGGGCGGCUCAUUCCCAAGUUUGACUGGAGUGCAUUGGUGUUUGGCCCACCUGGAAAAUCCAAGGGCCCUGUGCUUUUCCUGUUAUCUUGCCUGUUCCUCUGGGGAUACCCCACUUACCUGUUCAAGAUUGUCUCGGUCUCCUUUAACAAGCAGUGGGAGUUUCAUGCGGCCUUCCUGCUCGCCAAUGCACUGAUGUGGUUUUUCUUCCUAAAAGCUUCCCUGAUGGAUCCAGGGUUUCUUCCGAGAGACAGUAAGGAAUAUGAUCAGGCCAUUAGACAGGCAGUGCACUGUGAGGGCUGGAGGCAGGGCAGGAAUCCCCUUCUCAGACUGUGUCACACCUGCCACAUCGUCAGACCCCUGCGCACCAAACACUGCCGUGUCACCAACCGCUGUGUGGAGCACUUCGACCACUACUGCCCCUACAUCUACAACACCGUGGGCCGCAGGAACAGGACGUACUUCCUGGGGUUCCUGAGUUCGAUGAGCUUGAACUGCUUCAUGGGCGUGUACCUGUGUGUGGACUGGUUUUCCCAGAUGGGCCGUAGCCUCUUCAUCGGGGCGGGGUUCCUCUUCAUGGCCAUCAUCGGGGUGAUAUCUGGCAUCAUGGCCUGCAUCUGUCUUCACAUGGCAGCUCUGAACACCACCACCAAUGAGCAGCUGAACCAUCACAAGUACAGCUACCUGCGGGAGGAAGAGGGUCAGGCCGCCAGCCUGUUUGACCGCGGCGUGCUGCUCAACCUGCUGGAAUUCUUCCACAUGGUUCCCUCCCUGCAGGAGGGCCAGCUUAGGACCAUGGAUUAUCUCCAGGUUAUAUAACGCUAAAACUGGCUCCUGGAUGUGAAGCAAACUACCUAUAUGCACCCAGUGUGUAAAUACAAUCUUUAAGCAACCUGUAAGCCAUGCUGGAACAAUGGCUAAGCAACCCUUCCAGAAGGAAAAUAAGGGACUCUGUUGCUAUUUCGCUGAGCUAGCAGGGUAUGCAGAGUGGAUACAGUAGCGACUAGGAAAAAACUUCAGCUACGCUCAAAGUAGAGAGGAAAAAAUUACGGGUUUUUUCCUUCUUUUAAAAUAACUCAAACUGCACCUGCAAUCUGCUCCAGCUCUCUAGCCCUAUCACCAGCAUCACAUGCUGCUUAAAAAAAUGUAUGUACAGGAGCACAAAAUUACCUGUAUGGAGCUUUGCUUAAGACCUGCAAGACU